GUUUCUGCAGACGAAGAAGAAAGCGACAGCAGUCUGUGGACACUGCAGUACAUGCGACCGUACAACCGCUCUCAGCUCUCUGCUCAAUUUUUUCUCCAACGCCAGCGACGCCACAGAUGAAAACAGUCAUCUGUGUUUUGAAGUGAAGUGCCGGAGAAGAUUCCAGCGUAUCCGGAAUCCCUAACUUUCCUUCAGCAGCACGAAGGGAGUGGUGUGUUUCAUUUGUGGAUUGCAAAGGAUUGGCAGAUACAACAGCUUCCCCCUUGACUGCUCAGUGGAACGGUUUUCUUUUUCCGAUCCCACACAUCACAACAGAGCAAUAGGUGCAGUGGGAGCGAGGCUGCUCUCAGGUCAGAACAAACCCGUGGCCAUGGAUGUGGAUGAGGAGGAGAAUAUGACCAAGACUUUAGGAUCCUGCAGUAGGUGGAAUCUUCUCCUUCCGCCUCUUUGAUGUAUCCUCCUGUUUGCCUGGUCCUCAGCUCCUCCCCCUGCACUCCUCCCUUGCACUCCCUCAACCCACCCUACAAUCCCACUCAUGCACACUGCGGCCUCUCUUUCUCCUGAGUACCGCAAGGAGUAACCUAUCAAGCCUUUGCUGAAGGAUGUUAUAAAUGAAAAUUUUUGCCAAUAUUCCAUCCACUUUGCUAACUGGAUUCAGUGAUAUGUGUUCCCCAGUAGAGUGUAUUUCAGGAGCCGCAGUUUCAAACUGAACUUUUAAAAUGUACCUAAUUUCUCUGUAGGCACUCAGGCGAUUUAAAAAUUGACAGAGUGGAUGAGGAACCGCUUUGUGUGCGUCCAUAUUGAGUGUUGAUAUGUGUGUAUUUGUGUACAUUAUUGUUUGAGACUAACAACUCUGAAACCUGAGAAGUACAGGAAUUGAUUAAUUGCAAAUAUAUUUCUCUAAAUUAACCCUGACCUUCAGAAUAACGUUUUUUCUUGUUAUGAAGAUAUAUAGUAUGGAAAGUUGAUUUCAAAAUAAAAAAACUAAAUAUAGUCAACAAAAAAAAUCCCUAUCCUGUUUUGCAGGUUGACAGUUUUUAAGAACUUGGGAUAUCAUAAACGACAGUAGAUAAACUGAUUGUCUCUGACUAUUCCUAGUUAUAUCAAUGUUCUAUAGGUUAAAUGCUCAAUCAAAGUAAAGCUUCUCUUGCUUUCAUAAAAGAACACAAAUCAUUGGUUCAGUUCCAAAGAGUGAUAAAGGAAUCUAUAAAUUUUGCAUUUACAAGAUCCUGCAACGAAGGCGUUGUAAGUUACUCUUUCUGGGCACCGCAGGUUCGAGCAGCACAGAUGUUAAGGAAAACCGAAACCUGGACAACGUGUCCUGCAAAGACGGGAUGGGAGUGGCUGAACAGCUCCCCAAUGGAAGCGGCCUGGGCAGUCGCAAACGUCCCCUAGAAGAGGGGAACAAUGGGCACACACACUCCAAGUUCCGGGCCAAGAAACGCAAGAAAACGCCAGGGCCGGUCCUGCCCAAGAAUGCUCUGAUGCAGUUGAACGAAAUCAAACCGGGUCUACAGUACAAACUGCUGUCUCAGACGGGACCAGUACAUGCACCAGUUUUUGUCAUGACUGUGGAGGUCAAUGGACAGAUGUUUGAGGGCAUGGGCCCCACCAAAAAGAAGGCCAAAUUAAAUGCAGCAGAAAAAGCCCUGCGUUCCUUCGUCCAGUUCCCCAAUGCCUCUGAGGCGCACCUGGCCAUGGGUCGAACACUGACAGUGAACACAGACUUUACAUCUGACCAAGCCGACUUCCCUGACAUGCUUUUCAAUGGCUUUGAGACGCCAGCUGCACCUGAAGAGGCCUUCUUUCUAGGCUCCAAUGGUAACAGCUCCUUAAAUUCAUUAGGGGAGUACCCACUGCCCACGCCUCCUGGCAGCAACCUUGCCCAGGCCCCAUUGCCCCCUCCAUCAACAUUCAGCUCCCCUUCCAGUGGUAAAAAUCCAGUCAUGAUCCUCAAUGAGCUCAGGCCAGGCCUCAAGUAUGACUUUGUCUCAGAGAGCGGGGAGAGUCAUGCCAAGAAUUUUGUGAUGUCAGUAACGGUGGAUACACAGACGUUUGAAGGCUCAGGGCGCAACAAGAAGCUGGCUAAAGCCCGGGCAGCGCAGGCCGCCCUAUCUGCUCUCUUCAACAUGCAGCUAGACCAGACACCAUCCCGGCAACCCAUUCCGAGUGAGGGAUUGCAGCUUCAUCUACCCCAGGUUCUGGCUGAUGCAGUCUCUCGCCUGGUGGUGGAUAAGUUCAGCGAGCUGACAGAAAACUUCACCUCACCACAUGCACGACGGAAAGUCCUAGCAGGGGUCGUCAUGACUACAGGGACCGAUGUGAAGGAAGCACAGGUAAUUUGUGUUUCCACGGGAACCAAAUGCAUCAAUGGUGAGUACAUGAGCGACCGCGGCCUGGCCCUUAACGACUGCCACGCAGAGAUAAUCGCCCGACGCUCGCUCAUCAGGUACCUCUACACCCAGCUGGAGGUCUUCCUCAGCAAAGACGACCACAACAAGUCGAUAUUCAUGUCGUGCGAAAAGGGAGGCUACAGGUUAAAGGACAACGUUCAGUUCCACCUAUACAUCAGCACCUCGCCCUGCGGAGAUGCCAGGAUCUUCUCUCCACACGAGGCCGGAGUAGAAGACCAAGGGGACAGGCAUCCAAACAGGAAAGCACGGGGCCAGUUAAGGACCAAAAUUGAGUCGGGGGAGGGCACCAUCCCCGUGAGGUCCAGCAACACCAUCCAGACGUGGGACGGGGUGCUGCAGGGGGAGAGGCUACUCACCAUGUCCUGCAGUGACAAGAUCGCAAGGUGGAACGUGGUGGGCAUCCAAGGCUCUUUGAUGAGCUACUUCACAGAGCCUAUCUACUUCUCCAGCAUCAUCCUUGGCAGCCUUUACCAUGCUGACCACCUCUCCAGGGCCAUGUACCAGCGCAUCGCAGAAAUCGAGGACCUGCCGCAGCAGUUCAACCUCAACAGGCCUCUGCUCAGCGGUAUAAGUAAUGCAGAGGCCAGGCAACCAGGCAAGGCACCCAACUUCAGCGUGAACUGGACAGUGGGUGACCAGGCGCUGGAGGUGAUCAACGCAACCACAGGCAAAGACGACAUGGGCCGCGCUUCACGUCUUUGCAAGCAUGCGCUAUACAGCCGCUGGGUGCGCCUGCACUCCAAGGUAAAUACACUGCACUGCAAGCUCUCUUCCAUCUUGUGGGUGAAGGUGCUGAGGCCCAGCUCCUACCAUGAUGCCAAGCAGGCAGCCACAGAGUACCACUCUGCAAAGCAGGCACUCAUUAAGGCCUUCCACAAGUCGGGGCUGGGGGCCUGGGUCAAAAAGCCCAUCGAGCAAGACCAGUUCAGCCUGUGCUCCUGAGGGAGUCAAGGGACCAAGGGAUUCCUAAACCCUCCACUCCUUCCCCCCCUCCCGACCCAGGCCUGAAAGCAAGAGAGCCCCCCUAUUACCAACCAGGGACACUUACCUCCGUCCCAUGUGUCGGCACGCACGUGCACUUUGUACUCGUGGAAACAAACGUGCGUAGUUUCACGGACCAUCCAUCGCUCAUUAUUGUCAUUCCUCAGAGGACCUCGGCCUCGCCAUGUCUUUUCUCAUAAUAUUGUUUUUUGUCCUUUUCUUUUGUAUUUGAUUUUAACGGAUGGGUUUAUCUCCUUGUUUUUUAAAACUGGAAAUCAUGUUUUUAUGUGGUAGAUGUGGAAGUUGAAAUUAUGCAGUUUUGUCUACUCUUUGGAGUGUAGCCAGUUCAGGGUAGCCUGAGAAAACGGGAUCUUUUCUUAACUUAAAGACCAACGUGUAUGGACCUGUGGAAAACACUUGCUAAAAUGAAUGACACACUUUAAUUUAAAGACGCAUAAAUCUUCAGGAUGUAAAUCUAGUGCUGAAAAGAAAGACAGCUACAUAGUUAUUUAACGUCUAAUGUGUGUUAUUUGCUUCCGUUCCUUUAGAUGAUGUUCUUAGACCCUGUAUUAAAAAUGUUCAAAAUA